AUGCCAAUCUACGCUUGGCAACCCUUCACCGGGGGGGCGAAAGAUUCAAAGAUCGGCUGCAGUCGUAUCCAUGCCUUGAGCUUUACGGGUAGCCCGGCAGUGAUCAGAUCAGGCGGGCCUGACCAGCAGGAGCACUUCUUCGCGCGCACGCAUCUCCAGCGUGGUGUUAUCGCAGAGCUCCUUUCGUUGGGGACGGCUGUGGAAUUUUUCGCACACAAGCCUGGUUCCGGCGGGGGCGUCUCCUGGGCCUACGCCGUGCGGAAGCCACAAAGUGAAGCUAAGCCCUUCGCCUUCCGCCGGAUCCUCGCCGGUCCCUCCGGGGCCUCCACCAGACUUUCCGAGGCCACAGGGCGGCAAAAUGGCAAAGCUAUGUCGCUUGAGGCGGCACAACCUCCCAUCGACUUGCGCCGAAGCCCACGUCGCUCCGAUGCUCCGGCGCCCUCCCCGCCACGGAAGCUGACCAGGAGAUACUGGAAGGCCGAGAUCCUCAACCAGGCAAAGGUUUCCAAGAAGGUGGAGGUCUCUGACAUCCCGGGAUGGCCGGUGGAGGAGGCACCUGUGCUGGACCUCGCUCCAGAACAGGCCUCCUCUUCAUCACCAGCGUUGCAGCCUUCGUGUGCCACAAGUGCAGCAGCUGUUACCGAGGUGGUGGACGAUGACGCGCAAGAAGGCACCGACAUCGAUGAGGAGGAUGAAGUCGUGGAAGACGGCGAGAAGCUGAACCUCGAGGGGCUGGUCACGCUGCUGCUCAAGGGACGCCGGGACGCUGGCAUCUGGGAGGAAGCCCUGAGCUCGUUUUACGCGUGUCCGCUCCCAGCCCUUCUAGACGCAGAGCUUGCAGAGGUAAACCAGCAUAUCGCCAAGAAGGCCGAGGCUUUGAAGCUCUCGGAGCCCCUUCCCAAG